AUGGGAACAUCGUGGUCAAGUAAUACGGAGUUACAAAAUUAUUAUAACCAACAGGCAGUAGAGGAGGUAGCUCUGCAAAAUGUUUUGUUCGAGCAUAAAAGAGCCUUAGAGUUAGCGAACACACGGAAACUGAUUUCCAACGAGCAUAUGACUGCGUUGCUAACCGUCUCACUGAUGUUAGUGAGUCAGAAAAUGAAACAGCCGCAUUUGUCCAUUCUACCAGUUGUUCCACUCGUCGUUGCUCUUUUCCAUAAUUUUGACCAGCAACGGGAUACAACGCUCGAUACAAUAAAAGAAAAAGCGGAAGAGUUACGUCAAAAAAAUCGUCGUUUAUUCGAACCCAUUGGUGGUCCCAUAACACUGGAUGAGCUUGACAGACGUAUUAAUCGGGCAAAAUAUCACAAUAAAAAGGAAUUCGGUGAAUCUAAUUAA